GAACUGCGGGUUCAAAACCGUAUCGGUUAAAAUUGUUAAAGUUGCUAGAGUUUGAUCGAAUCCUUCUUUCACGGAUCAAUACAUCUGAUUAUUGUCAUAAUUGACUUAAUUUAAUCUAAAAUGGCUCAUAAACAGAUCUACUACUCGGAUAAAUACACAGAUGAUCUUUAUGAAUACCGACAUGUGGUCUUACCGCGAGAACUGGCCAAACAAGUGCCCAAAUCCCACCUGAUGUCCGAGGAUGAGUGGAGGAGGCUGGGCGUGCAGCAGUCGCUCGGAUGGGUCCAUUACAUGAUCCAUGAACCAGAACCUCAUAUUCUGCUGUUUAGGCGACCUCUACCAAAACAAUGACAGCGACACAUCGGGAACAUUCCUGUGGUUUUCAGUGAGAACUUAUUGGAGAACUUAACCACGUUUUCUGGACUCCUUUGACCAUGAUGCUGCGUUUCACGUCGGUUAUGCUCGGACAGAAUCAAGGGAUUGUGGGAAAUGUAUUUUCAGUGAAAAUUUAAGGGCUCUUAACUCUGGAAAGAAAGAAAAAAUCAUGCGACUCAAGUGCCUCUCUGAGUGAAGCUAAACCUUUAAAGAUUUGUGUUGAAUAAAAGUCUGUGAUGCAUCAUCAGUGUUUAGAAACCUAAAUCAGUGUUUAAGUGGCUGAGCUAAAUACAUUUUGUGGGAUAAAAGAUGUACUGUAUGCUAAAGGGAGAUCCUUUGUGUCUAUCUAGUUAAUAUAUUGGCCAUUCUCAGGUUGAAAUUCUUAGUUUACAUUACUUCUUCAGGGAAGGCGAUUGUGAUACAGUAUAGAUGCUUUAUAAAGUUUAAAAUGUGCUUAUAUCACAUAUAAAACUUUGUUAAAAAGGUAGAUAUAGAAGAAGAGCCAUGACGACAGCACUAUCAGCAACUGUGCUACUUGAAAGAGAGAAAAGAACGUCUUCACCCUUCAUCGCAAAUUACUUUUGAAAAAGAAUAGAAUUGUGAUUGUGUAAAUUGUUAUUUUAUUCUUGCUGCUCUUUAUAAUAAAUUUUUUUGAUUAAAAUGCCACCUCA